GAACUAACUAUUAGCAAAGUUGUUGUGUGCCUUCAGAUAUCAGAGAGUAAAGAAAUGGAGAAGAAAGAUAGAGCUCAUGGAGCCCAUGUAAUCGUAUUUCCCUACCCUGCCCAAGGCCACAUAAACCCAAUGCUACAAUUCUCCAAGCGCUUAGCCUUUAAAGGCCUCAGAGUUACAUUUGCAGUCACAAAAUUCGUCUCUAAGUCCAUGCACACCAAUUCCAACUCAGUCCAGGUUCAGUUGAUCUCUGAUGGUUUUGAUGAUGGUGGGUUUGAGCAAGCAGAGAGCAUCCAUGACUACCUCUCUCGUUUUAAAGAAGUGGGCUCUCUAACCUUGGCCGAGCUCAUCAAGAAACAGGAUAGCUCUGGAAAACCAGUCGAUUGUCUGAUAUAUGAUUCCUUCUUUCCUUGGGCUCUAGAUGUGGCCAAACAGUUCGGCUUAGUCGGAGCUCCUUUCUUCACUCAAAUGUGUGCCGUCAACAACAUAUACUACCAUGUCCACCAGGGGCUACUUCAUCUCCCAGUGCGAGAGCCAGUCGUUUCGAUUCCUGGGUUGCCGGCGAUCGACAUUGGGGACAUGCCAUCUUACAUCUCCGAUCCACAGUCUUACCCAGCUUACCAUGCAAUGAUCAUGAGUCAAUUCUCCAACACAGAGAAGGUAGAUUGGAUCUUCGUCAACACUUUCAACAAGUUGGAGGAAGAGAUGAUCGAGUGGAUGGAGAAACGCUUUCCAUUGCGGGCAAUCGGACCAACAAUUCCGUCCAUGUACCUGGACAAACAGGUGGAAGACGACAGUGAUUAUGGUCUCCAUCUCUACAAACCAGACAGUGGCGACUGCAUAAACUGGCUAAACAAAAGGGCGGAGGGAUCGGUUGUUUACGUAUCAUUUGGGAGCAUGGCUGCACUCAGUGUGGAACAGAUGGAAGAAAUUGCCUGGGGCUUGAGAAGAAGCGACAGCUACUUCUUGUGGGUGGUCAGGAGGUCAGAGGCGGAGAAGCUUCCAAGCAAAUUUGUGGAGGAGACAUCAGACAAGGGGUUGAUAGUAACUUGGUGCCCACAGUUGGAAGUGUUAACCCACAACACAGUAGGCUGCUUUGUUACUCAUUGUGGGUGGAAUUCAACUCUAGAGGGAGUAAGCUUAGGAGUACCAAUGGUGGGAAUACCGCAGUGGACAGACCAGAUUCCCAACGCAAAAUUUGUUCAGGAUAUAUGGGGAAUGGGUCUCAGAGCUCAGCCUAAUGAGAAGGGGAUUGUAAGUAGGGAAGAAGUUGAGCGAUGCGUAAGGGAAAUUAUGGAAGAAGAGAAGGUGAAAGAGAUUAGGAAGAAUGCCAUCAAAUGGAGAGAUUUGGCUAGAGAGGCUGUGGGUGAAGGAGGAACUUCUGAUAAGAAUAUUGACGAAUUUGUAGUCACACUGGUGGGUUUGCAGUCAGUCUCCCAUUCUCACCAUUAGUCUGCUGGAUUUGCUUCUUUUUCUUUUCCUUGGAAAAAUUGUUGUUUUAUGAUCAACUACUAUGGGAUACCAGUCUUGUGGUCUAGAGGUAAUCCUGUUAAUUAAUUAUAUAUCUUCCUGAAUAUAUAUUGACGAGUUCUCUAGCUAGUCAAUAACCUCGUUAAUGAAUCCCAGCAAAUUUUUAAUGUC